AUGCAACCAAACAAUUAUUAAAACUAAAAUGAUGUUUUUCCACCAUACCCUUAAUAAUACCCUAAUCAAUAUCCACCUUAGGUUCCAAUGCAACAAUAAUAACCUUACAUAGAUAAUAACAUAUAUGUAGGUCAACCUGUAAGUUAAUAAUAGUAAUUUGGAAAUCAAUAGUAUUUGUAAAAAUUUAUAUCUAUUUGAAUUAAACAUAGAUAGUAACCCUACAUUAUUCAACAGCCAGUUGAAAUUUCCACUCCAAUCUAUGCGAGUGCUGAAGGAAUGAGAUUUCCAAUUCAGAUUAAGUGCUAAUUUUGUUAAUAAGUUGGAAUCACUAGAAUUUAAAAUAGAAUAGGAGAUGGAACUAUCUGCGCAUCUAUUUUAGUUUUACUCUUGUGUUGGCCUUUGUUUUGGCUGCCUUGCUGCUUAGAAGAUUGUUAAGACAGGAUUCAUUUAUGUUAAAGUUGUGGAAAAGUUGUAGGUAAAAAAAAGUAUGAAGUGUGCUGA